AUGAUUUUGCUUUGUGUGUCUAAGGGGAGCGCCACCCACUUGUCGUUGCAUUUACUGGACAGCACUUUCACUUUACCCACUGUUCUGUUGAGUCAGAAGUUUGUCUGUUUGUUAAUUUUGCCACUGAAAACCGUUUGCUUGCGAUCAUUGCGAUUAGUGAUGUCGGUGUCGGCGUCUCAACGAAAAACUCUGAGCAUUUCUGAACAGUUGGAGCUCAUCGACGAUGUCAAAGUGAAGAAACUCAAACUGGCCGCUGCAGCCAAAAAGUACGGAAUCGGUUAUUCAACAGCAGCAAAAAUUCUCAAGAAAGAAGACGAUCUCAGAUCUUGCAUGCAAAUGAACGGAAACACUAAUCGCAAACGAAAGCGCCAAUCCGUGCACAAGGACGUUAACGAAGCGCUUACACAAUGGUUUACGCAAGCAUGUGCUCAUGGAGCUACCGUCACCGAUCACGUCAUCAGGCAGAAAGCAUUACAACUGGCCGUAAAUCUUGAAGUUGAUUUUGAACCGAGCAAUGGCUGGCUCAUGCGCUGGAAGCAGGCCAAUAACGUUUCGUUCAAAAAAUUUCACGGCGAAUCAACGUCAGCAGAUCACGGUUCUGCCAACGAAUGGAUGACAAACGUUUUGCCGCAACUUUUUCGUGGAUAUGAUCCAAAAGAUGUUUGGAACUGUGAUGAAACGGGAAAUUUCUACAAAGCCAUGCCGUCUGGAUCUUUGCGAUUUGCCGGCGACGAACAGUCAAAUGGGACAAAAGUUCCCAAAGACAGACUCACGAUGCUUCAGUUCACAAACAUGGACGGCAGUGAAAAGCAAGCUGUAGUUGUUGGUAAGUCGCCAAAACCACGCUGCUUUAAAAAUGUGAAAACUCUGCCGUUUUCUUACUUCGCUAAUCGUAAAGCCUGGAUGACUAGUCAGCUGUUUACUGACGUUAUGAAAACGCUUGAUCGAAAAAUGAUUGCUCAAAAGCGAAAGAUUAUUCUGUUUUUGGACAAUGCAACUUGUCAUAACUUACUGCCGGGUACAAAUCUGUCAAACAUUAAAUUGUCGUUCAUGCCACCAAACACCACCAGUCUCAUGGCAUCAUUCGUUCAUUCAAAGCGUAUUAUCGUCGGGAACUUGUUCGAAUGCAAAUCACAGCGAUCGAUGCUAUACCGCCAGUGCCGCUCGUCCGCGGGAGCCGACGCGCUGGCUCUUCAAUCGGCGGAGACAGUGGAAAAUCUGCAAAAAAUCAUCCCCAUCCCCAUCCCCAUCCCCGCGCCUCCCCCGUCUGAUGAAUCGCAGAGAAGAGCUCAGAGUGGGCUGCUGGAAUGUACGCACACUCCGUGGCGAAGGAACCUCACCAUGAGGGCCCUUCACGACUAUGGGGUCAACGUGGCAUGCCUUUCCGAAGUGAGACUCCCAGACAGGGGGUAUCGCACAAUCAAGGUUCCUGGCACAGAUGUCGUCUAUCAUCUCUACCACAGUGGAGUGACUGAUAACAGUGGCCAGCACGGUGUGGCCAUCGCCCUGAGCCCUGAGGCCCAAGCAGCCUUCCUGAGGUGGGACCCGCGCACUCCGAGACUCGCCACGAUGCGACUGAGGGGACACCUGUUCAACAUCAGCAUUAUCGCCGUCUACGCCCCCACACUGAAUGCGCUUGAGGCAGAUAAGGAGCAAUUCUACGCUGACCUCCAGAGAGCAGUUGGACGGGUCCCUGCCAGAGAUCUCCUUCUGGUAGCGGGGGACUGGAAUGCACGCACAGGCCCCGCCGACCCAACCACCAGACACGUGCUUGGACGUUUCGGUCUGGGGACACGCUGCGAAAAUGGAGACCGCCUUGUUAACUGCCUCGGCGAGUCGCCUCGUGGUCUCCAACACCCGUCUAAUGAUGGACACACGGCCAAACAAAUCGACUACAUCCUGGUUCGGUCGCGAUGGGCAAGCUCGGUCCUCAAUUGCCGGGCAUUCAGAGGAGCCGAUACAGGAAGCGAGCACGGCUCAGACCACGCCCUGGUUCGUGCAACUCUUCGCCUACGUCUCCAGGCCAGACGACCCAAUGGACGACCAAAACGUCUAGAUGUCACUAAACUCAAAACGGCAGCAGGGACGAACUUCCGUAUCGACCUGCAAAAUCGUUUUGAGUUGCUCCAAGAGACCAUCGAUCAGCAGCCUGAGCGGGAGCGGCGGACCCUUAAGGAGGCUACGGUGGAGGCAGCUCAUCUCCAUCUUGGCUUCACAAAACGUCGCCAACGUGACUGGAUGACGGGUGCAACGCUUGAGCUUUCCGAGAACGCGAGAAGAGCGCGCCAACUGAGGGAGGCCAUUAGGACCGAUAACAAUGCGCGCUGGAGCAGGGUGGCCGAGGAGGCCGAGAGAGCAUCUGCGUGUGGAGACACGCGCAAACUCUACCAGCUGCUGAAACAGGCUGGUCGGGGCGCCAUUGGACAUGGCGACACGCUUCUUGCCGGAGAUGGAUCGAUCCUAACCGAAGUCGCUGAAAAGGUCAAUCGAUGGCGCGAACACUUUGACGUGCUCCUCAACCACCAGCCCCCCGCUGUCCAGUUAGACCUGCAACCUGCGGAUGGAACUUACAACUGCAGCGUUGAUCCGCCAACAAUUCAGGAGAUUCUGUCUGUCCUUCGUCAGCUGCGUAACAACAAAGCUCCCGGGGAAGAUGGGAUCCCGGCGGAAACUGUUCCUGAUGACUGGGGACACGCUGUUUUGCUGCCAUUCUUUAAGAAAGGUGACAAGAAGGUGUGCUCCAACUAUCGGGGAAUCAGUCUGCUCGAUGUAGCGGCCAAAACCUUCGCAGUUCUGCUUCUGAAGCGAUUCCAGACGGCUCGAGAUGCCCGCACGCGUCCCACCCAAUGUGGCUUCCGCCCGGGGAAAGGGUGUGUGGAUCAGAUCUUCAACCUGAGGCGCACACUCGAGCAGCGCUGGGUCUACCAACAACCAACGGUCCUGUGCUUCAUCGACUUCGCAGCUGCGUUCGAUUCGGUCGAUCGAGAUGCACUGUGGAAACUUAUGCUUGCGGACGGCAUCCCUGUGAAAUUGCUUCACCUUAUCCAGGGGUACUAUCGAGCCACGCGGGCGCGGGUGCGGGUCUACGGUGAGGAAUCGGAGCCCUUCGACGUCAGGUCCGGAGUCCGACAGGGAUGUGCCCUCUCACCCACCCUCUUCAACUUUGCCAUCAACUUCAUCCUCAACACUGCCCUCCGCGGCUACUCAGGUGUGUCGGUCGGUAGAGAUGUAGAGGUGUCGGACUUUUAUCUAUACCGAUGA